AUGAAGCUCACUUUUGGCGCUCUGGUGGUCGCAGCCGGUUUCGCUUUUUUGGCGACUUCCCUCGGCACCGAAUAUGACAUCAUCCAGAAGAAUCCUCUGAAGAGUGACCUGGAGGACCUGAGCUCCCACUCGGGACUGUAGAGCAUCUACGAAGAUGGGAAGAUGCACGUGGACUCUAUCGACUCUUUCACAGCCGACUCCUCCAGGUACUCUGAGACCGAGCUGCACAUGCUGUGUAUGCACCGGGCUAUAGUGCUGGUGCUUCCCUGCAGCCUGGUCCUGAUGCUGUCUGGUGGGAUCUGUGGCUUGGUGAGCUCCAUGGCUCGGAGCCCGGUGCUCCUCACCCGCACGGCCUGCUACUUCUUCACCUGCAGCCUGCUGACCCUGUGCGGCGUGAGUCUCUACAUGGUCUACUCGUACCGGGCCCUGGCGGAGACGGAGAGGUUGGUGGGGCCCGAGGGUCUGGCCUACGUUCACACCUCCUUCGGCUGGUCUCUGGGUCUGGCGUGGCUCUCGUACGGCCUGGAGCUCCUCGCCGGCGUCUUGCUGCUCGUGGCUGCACGACGGGCCGAGCUGCAGCGCGGCAGUCCCACCAGGACCUGA